CAGACGCUCUUCGAUGACCCACCAUGGCGUUCCAGAGCGGCACAUAUGAUGCCGAACGCCUCGUAUCGCACCGGCCAGCUCCAUAACGACAGCGCCGACGACGAGCCCAGGUCCACCGACGCCGACGUGCUGCGAGUGUACAGUGGCAGCUUCGCCACGGGUCCAGCGACCAGGUCAGGAGCUCCUCUCCGCAGAACUCACCGGCACCGAUGGAGUGACAAGCUCCACGCCAUCGCCUGCUCCGACCUCCUCGCUCCCUACUGUCGCGCGCACCACCACCGCUGAAUCCUCCUCUAUCAAAGCCCCAACAUUCCGAGUUGGAUUGGCCACCGCACCACCUUGUCCACGUACGCCUCCUCUCACCGCCACGGCGAGGUCCACCUCACCGUGGAGGUCCAUCUUCCGGUCGUUUUCGUGUCUCAAGAUCUACAUCGUGGGAUUUGUCUCCUCGUCGCGGUGCUCGUCGACCCGAGAACCCAAACCGUGUGCCACGUCGUCUUCGUCCUCCGCACACCUUCGGUCACCCCGCUGCCUGUACCUGUAGUAGUACGGCACAAGGAGAAGAAGAAUUUACCAGCAUGAGUGAGGAGCUACAGGUGCAUGCAUCUAUCGUUGGUUCCUUGGUUUGGUUGGGGGAUGAACUGAGCCUGAAUCUAUCGGUGGCAAGGACAUAGACCGGCGGCGGCUCGAAGACCUACGGAUGCAAGUGACAUAGGCCGAGGAAGGAGGAGGAAAAGACUGUUAUCGGAUAUGUUUUGAACUGGUUUGGAUUUAAUUGAGACCCAAACAUCGAUUAGGAGUUUAAGAGGCACUUUAAAAGUUUGUGAACCGGAAUAACGCAGCCCGAUAAAUUUAAAGACCGAAAAUAUACUUUACUCAAAGAAGAUUAUAUUACUCAUUUUAUUUGGCUUCUUUGGUUUAUUACUUACAAUUUUAACUUUUUUCUAAUAGUAUUCAUAAGUAAACCUAUCAUUUAAAAUAGUACUCUGACAUCUUUUCAAUCAUUUUUAUUUUUUAUUAUUUAUCACCAUUUAAAUUAAUCGUGCUCACUACUUUUCCUCUCUCCCUCCGCGUCUCUAUUCAUCACGAAUGCAUGCCUUGAGCUAGCUACCUAUCGCAGGUGUAGCCCCUAGAUGCAUCAAUAAUGCAUCGUUUGGAUGUCGAUAUUGGAGGGUAUGGAAUUGAAUUGGGUUCAAUAUCAAAUCAGCCAUGAUAUUGAAAUGAGAUGUGAUUCCAAUUCUAUUGUUUGGAUGUCGUUGAAUUGGAGUUUGGAAUUGUGCGGUCUAAUUCCCGGCAAUACAGAGGGGUGACGCUCUGUAUUGGGAGAGGGAAUUUCUAGUUAUAGUCCAAUUCCAGGGAAUUGGGUCUCUGAUUUCAAAUUUCAAUUCUGUGUGCAACCAAACAACAGAAUUUAGGAAAGUUGAUUUCAAUUCCCAAUUUUGUGCUCCAAUAUCGACAUCCAAACAGGCUAUAAGUGUAAUCCCCAAAUACAUCAAGUGUGAUCAUAUUUAUUACUAGCAAACUGACCAGUUAGGUUAUAUAUCACAGUAGUUAUCAUUCACCUGACCUGGCUGACUAACUCCAAGCGAUCCUCUUGUCUGUUGUUCCUUUUCCAUCUCCAUGCCAAAUUUAAUUAACAUACAAGAACGCUAUCUACCUUGACAAGAACGCUCUAACAGUUGCUUGUGACUCUCAGGCCUCAGCCCGCCAAUAACAUCCAAGCAAGCAACACAUAUAUUUAGCAAUUUGCAGUUAUCCAUGAGUUUGUUCAAUUCCAGCUAGAACCAAUAGAGCGGUAUGGUUAAUUUAGGUGGUGAAAAUAAAAAAAUAAAAUGAAAACAAUUAAAAAUAGGUCAGAGUACCAUUUUAAAGGAUAGAUUCACUUAUGAGUACUAUUAAAGAGAAGAUAAAGUUGAAAGUAAUAGAAGAGAGAAGCCUAAUAAAAUGAGUACUAUAAUAGCAAAUAGCUCUUGAUCUGUUGUGCAAGUUGCUGAUGUGUGGGAUUGGAAUGAUAUCCCAAGUCAACAUCUGCUCCAGGAUUCGAAAGGUGGCCUUCAGAUUUAUAACCUACAAAGGACCUGGAUGUGCUGCCACCAUGAUGGCCACCACAAAGGAGGCCAAGUUGAUGAGUGGACUGCUGAGGAACAGAUGUAGGGAAAAUAAUGGUCCAUUUUCAAGGAGUGUCUUUAUCAGGAAAUGGACCUUUGCAGCUAUGUUCAGAAUAUGUGAGGAAUGUUCUCCUGUGGAAGAGUCUACAGGGGGCUACACUGCUACUAAAUUGAUACUUGAUGGAUCUGAUGACAAGAAUCCUUGUGAUAAGGAACUAGUUAAUAAGGACAACCUGCUGCAGAGGAACAAGAUAAAUCAAAAAUACCAAGGACUGUUCAAAGGAAAAACAACUAAAUGCCGACACCCUGUACAAAAGCAAGAACCAGGAGAUGGAGGUACGUGCUUCAAAGAAAAUUUCAUUACACUCUGA